CAAGAAACGUCUUCAACGUAGUUAUAGUAAGUUUGCUUGGCAUUUGUAAAACAUUCCCUCCACAGCUCAAAGGCCUCAACUUUCUGGAAAGCCCCUCCGUUUUCCAUUUUUCAUCUAACUUCCAAACUCCGCAACUUCUUCUCCAGCCACUUCAAUGGAAGAAGAAGCUUCUUCAAGUAGCGCGGCAUCAUCAUCAUCAUCAUCCCAAGUACAAGCUUCAUUAGAUGAUUGUUUGAAGCUACUCAGAGGAGAAAGGGACGAGCAGAGGUUAGCGGGUCUACUUCUAGUUACCAAAUUUUGCAAUAAAGAUGACCACACCGCCAUUCUCAAGGUUUACGAUGCCGUUGGACCUCAAUUCCUCCGCCGCCUUCUUAGAACUGGAACGGGGAAAGGAGGUGAUGGCGGGAAUCGGGAUGCCUACUUGCAGUUGUCAAUCACAGUUCUUGCAGCAUUUUGUAGAGUUCCCGAGAUUGCAGCUUCGGAAGAUAUGGUUACUAAGAUUCCUCUCAUUGUAGAGACAAUGUCCCGAGAAGCAGGAUCACCUAUCAUUGAAGAAUGCUAUGAAUUUUUGUUUUUGGUCUCAACGGCCAACGAAGAAGGGGUUAAAACCUUGUUCAAAUCUGGUGGCUUGAAUGUGCUCGCUUCGCAAAUGAUGAUUCUACCAGAUGGUUCUCAUAUGAUUGAACUUGCUAUGAGACUUGUGCAAAUCAUUGUUAUUAAGCUACCCUCAGAAAAUGUUUAUUCUGAGCAUUCAACUGAUCUGUCAAUGGUGGUGGCUGCAGUGGCAAAGCAGUUUGUUGUACUGCAAAAUGCACUGAAGUUUGAAGCGCUUCACCUCCUAUCAGCUAUCCUGUCCAACGGAUAUUCUGCACCUGUAUAUGAUGCUCUUCGGUUAAUGGAAAAUGACGUUUGGUCUACAAACCUGCGGAUUGGUAUUGUGGCUAUCUUGCAAAAUCGAGUUGCACCUUCACAUAAGCUUCAGGCUCUUGUUCUGGCUGAGUGUGUCAUAUCAAUUGUUGGUGAAGGUUGGCUUAUUGGGGAGAUGAACUUAACUGAUUCUCAGGAUUCCCUGCCUGCUGACAGGUGUAUUCUGCUUGUUUUGGAGUCAUCAAGGGUUGAAAUCGCUGUUCUUCUAAAUGACCUAGCAUACUUGAAAUAUGAAGCCUCCAAGGCGUCCUCAAAUACAGAGAACAUUCUGAUGAAGCAGAGGAAUCUUGGAGUAGCAUUCUCUUUGGUUGAAAAGAUAAUUAAACUUAUUUCUAGUUUUGGUGGAGAAGAGUCAACUGUCAAUGUUGUUAUCAGUGAGCGCACUUUCACAAAAAUCAUUUCGGGGCUCAAUGAAACAAUUGGUGUUGUUUUGGACUAUCUACGAGAUACUAAGGAGCAUGGACAGAUGAAAGGGGAUGACCUUCUAGCGGCUGUUCGACUAAUCGGAAGUUAUCUUGCAGAAGCACCAGAUGCAUGUAAAGAUAAGGUCACAGAACUCCUAGGCUAUUUGCUUUCAAUUGAAGGGGAAGAUGAAUUGAGUCCUUUUUAUUCCAUCUGUUUUCUGCUUCCGAUGCUGUGUCAAAUAACUCUCAAGACUGGAGGAUGUAAAAUUUUAGCUUCCUCAGGUGCAUUUAGAGAAGUUGUCGGUUGCCUUAUUGCUUUGAUUGACCAAAACAAUUAUACAUCUGAGGAUAAUGGUUCUAUAUUCUUGGCUUGCGAUACAAUUUUGAAUCUUCUUCUAAAGCGGGAGCAAACUAAAUUUCCUUCAGAUGAUCCCAGUUUUAUCGGACUUUUAGUAGCAUUGUCACAUUGGGCAGAGGGUACGGACGAGGCAUCUAUUGUCAUGAUGGCAUCAAGCAUCUGUUCACUUAUACUUGAUUUGACAUCAGAGGAAGCUCUUCUAAAUCAUCCGGACUUCACUAGUGGCAAUAUUGGUAGUAUGUCGAAGCUCAUUGAACGAAGCUUUGCAAUGUGUGGUCAGGACUUGAUAUCCGAUGAUGCUACAGCUGAAGUAGAUCUUUUUCAGAUAAUUACCUCAGGUCUGUGCGACUUGACUGGAAAUUGUUGUACGGAUCAAUUGAAUAGUAGAAAAGUACCUUCAAUGGAGGGUAAUGUCUUUCUGCAAUCAUGGCAUUUCGUUCCUGCAUUCUGGACUUCCCAUGCUCUAGGAUUCUAGAGAAGUGACAGUUACCUAUAUCUUUCAAUGGAGUUUUUGCACUGGCCAACAUUGCAGUAUAAAGAAAUUUGUUUACUCUUAUCAACUUAUUUUGGACGGACUGAUGAUGAGCAGUGAAUCCAAGUUCGCAGGAUGAUAAGGCAGAUGAUUUACUAGCAUGCACAAACUUGCUGUAUUACGAGUCUUUUCUGUUCUUCCAAAUCUGUGCAUGCUUUAGCCUCUUGCACGACUUUGCUCUCAUCGUAGCAUUUUUCCUUGUGGAAGAGGGUUUUAUGGUCAUCUCAUAGUAUUGGAAGCAAGUUGUUUAAAAUUAGUUUGUUACUACUAUUUAGUUACAUUUCCUUGUACAAAAUAAGUGUUCUAAUUAGGUCUCUCAGGUCCACUUUCGGUAUCUCUUCCUACGAUUUUAUUGGUUAGCAUGUCAAAGAAAGAAAGGUGGAUUGGGUGAGACACUUCAUGAGAAAGGUGAUUCGGUGGGACAUUUCAUGAGAAAGGUGAUUCGGUGAGACACUUCAUGCCAUGGGCCAAAAAGAACAUGUAAUGUACCUUUCAGGAUUAGUCAUUUUCAAAAAGAAAAUGUUUUAUUAACUAA